UCCAUUUAUUUAGUAUUUAUAUGCACAUCGUCAGCAACAUAAACAAUCCAAAAUGCCCUCCCCCAAUACAAGUGUUAGGUAUUUAUUACCCACAAAAGCCUCGGAAAAUUAAAAAAUCAGAAUAUUUUUGCAGUAAAAAAGAAAAAAAGAGUUUUUGUUUAAUUACAUUUGACAAAGAUGAGAUGAGCCCGCUUCUUCAGAUGCUUCCUACACUCACGCUACACAAGCACCAAAAAGAAACAAAGAAAUCAGCAAAUUUCUUCAACACACAAGUAGUCCCGCGAGACAGAAAACACCUAAAUAAAUAAAACCAAGAAAAGAAAGGAAAGGAAAAGAAAAGAAAAGCCCCAAUCUGAAUCAAAUAUCAUCUGGGUUUUGUUUGCAAUCAUACAAAUCCCAGUCUCUCAUCUCCAUGCAUGCAACCAAAAUGUCAAGAAAUCUAGGGCUCCUCCUCCUCCUAAUAUUCUUGAUCCCAACAGCACUUGUCGUAAUCUCUUCCCUAAACAUGCUACGACCAAACGCCGCCUCUCAUUUCAUCGACGAAGCAACAAAAUGCAGCACCAAUAACCACCGAAUCCUCAAGGUGUUCAUGUACAACCUGCCCCCCGUCUUCCACUUCGGCCUAUUGGGAUGGAAAGGCAACGGCCACACCCUCUGGCCCGACCUCCGCCGCCGCCACAUACCCCAAUACCCCGGCGGCCUAAACCUGCAGCACAGCAUUGAAUACUGGCUCACUCUCGACAUCUUGAGCUCCCAAUUCUCCAAGAAUUUAAGCGGCCGCAGCGCUGUCAGAGUCGGCGAUUCGCGCCAAGCCGACGUUGUUUUCGUCCCGUUUUUCGCCUCCAUUAGCUACAACCGCUUCGGCAAGAACCAGAAGCGGAGCAAGAAGAGCGCCGACGAUAUGUUGCAGGAGAAGCUGGUGCACUUCUUGGUAGCUCAGGAGGAGUGGAAGAGGUCUGGUGGGAGAGAUCACAUCAUCGUUGCUCAUCAUCCUAAUAGUCUGCUCUAUGCAAGAAUGAAGCUCUGGCCUGCCAUUUUCAUCCUCGCAGAUCUCGGCAGAUAUCCUCCCUCCCUUGCUAAUGUUGACAAGGAUGUCAUCGCCCCUUACAACCAUCUCAUUCCGGCCGGCCACCAGGACUCCGGCUUCCACGGCCGCCCCACCUUGCUGUAUUUUCAAGGAGCUGUGUAUAGGAAAGAUGGUGGAACGAUUAGGCAAGAGCUCUUUUACAUGUUGAGAGAUGAAAAAGAUGUGCAUUUCACUUUUGGGAGCAUAAAGGGUGAUGGGAUUAACCAGGCUUCAAAAGGGAUGCACGCCUCGAAAUUCUGCCUCAACAUAGCCGGCGACACGCCCUCGUCCAACCGCCUCUUCGACGCCAUUGCUAGCCACUGUGUGCCGGUGAUCAUCAGCGACGACAUCGAGCUGCCGUUCGAAGACAUUCUCGAUUACACCGAGUUCUGCGUCUUUGUCUCCACAGCAGAUGCUUUGAGAGACAAAUUUCUCAUCAAUUUCAUUAGAGGCAUCAGUAAAGAGGAGUGGAGUAGGAUGUGGAGAGCGCUCAAACAAGUGGAGCAUUACUUCGAGUUUCAGUAUCCGUCGCGGAAGAACGAUGCCGUUCAGAUGAUAUGGCAGGCCAUCUCCAGGAAGAUUCCGGCCACCAAGAGGAAAGUUAACCGGGCGAGCCGGCUUUCUCGAAUGGCUGUCGCCGGAGAGAGGAGGGCCAUUGCGGCCCCUCUGCCGAGAAAUUUUUGGUGACAGUUUAGCAAAACAGAGUUUACUAACUAGAUGAUAGCAGAAUAUAUUACACUGUACAUAAUGUUCCAACCAUUCAUUUCUAUCUCAGUCUGAUUGAAUUGGUGGUCAUAUUUUACUAGUAUUUUUUUUGGUCUGUUGAGUUUUGAACUUAACAGGAAACAAGAUUGCGACAAUUAAACUGUUGAAUGAGAAUCAGAAAUAGUGAUGGAUAUCUCUAAUGAAA